CUAUUCAACUCCGUCGCGCCGGAAGCGGUUUCCGAAAGUGGACUUCAGCGGACAGCAGCUCCCUUGUCAACGUCACUGUGAGUUCCACCAAGUAGAGAUUAUUUUAUCCGCAAAUUCCAUCGAGUUUGCUCCUAAUCAAUCGUGCCGCCCAAUUGUUUGUAAUUGCACAAUUCACUCAACACUCAUCAAUUUGCUUUAUCCGCACCUGAAUUGACUACUCAAUUUGUUAUUCCCAUUCCAUUUCUUUUGGAUUUUCUUUUUUUCUAAUCUCCGUGGAGCAAGUGGAUCACCUACUGCAACGAAUACAGGCUUCAAAAGCACUUCUCGCACAGACAAACAGAGAGAGAAGAGACACCCAGGGUUAAGGCUCCGAUCAUCAACAGUGCUCCGUCUUCUUCCCCGAGGUGGAAAAUAAUAAUGCCUGAUCGUGACUGAAAGAGUUAUUAUGGAUUCAGCAAGGAGUUGGUUUCAGAAGUUCCAAUAUAAAGAAAAGAAGGAGAGUGCAAGUGAGAAUGAGGUUCAAGAUGUACCUUCAAGUGCGACAAAACAGAAAGUGGAGGUUGCCAAGCAAUAUAUCGAAAACCAUUACAAAUCUCAAAUGAAGUCAUUGCAAGAUAGGAAGGAGAGACGUUGGGUGUUGGAGAGGAGGCUUGCUGAUGCUGAUGCUUCUGAGGAAGACCAAAUAAACGUUCUUAAAUAUUUAGAACAGAAGGAGACCGAGUACAUGCGUCUUCGUAGACAUAAAAUGGGUGUUGAUGACUUUGAACUUUUGACAAUUAUAGGAAGGGGGGCAUUUGGGGAGGUUAGACUUUGUAGAGAAAAAGCCACAGGUCACGUGUAUGCAAUGAAGAAGCUUAAGAAGUCUGAGAUGCUUCGCAGGGGACAGGUGGAACAUGUCAAAGCUGAAAGAAAUCUUCUAGCAGAGGUUGACAGUGCCUACAUUGUGAAGUUAUACUGCUCCUUUCAGGAUGAGGAUUUUUUGUAUCUUAUAAUGCAAUAUCUUCCUGGAGGUGAUAUGAUGACUCUGUUAAUGCGCAAGGACAUUUUGACGGAGGAUGAGGCUAGAUUUUAUGUUGGGGAAACAGUCCUUGCUAUAGAGUCCAUUCACAAGCAUAAUUACAUUCACAGAGACAUCAAGCCUGAUAAUUUACUGCUUGAUCGUUAUGGGCACAUUAAACUCUCAGAUUUUGGGUUGUGUAAACCCUUGGAGUCUAGCAGUUUCCCUAAUCUCACCGAGCAAGAAAAUAUAGUGGGGAACAAUGUCAGAUCUCCUGAUAGUCAAAAUAGUGUGUCGAAACGAACACAACAAGAGCAAUUGUUACAUUGGCAAAAGAACAGACGAACGUUGGCUUAUUCUGCUGUUGGAACGCCGGACUAUAUUGCACCAGAAGUGUUAUUGAGGAAAGGAUAUGGAAUUGAGUGCGACUGGUGGUCCCUUGGUGCAAUUAUGUACGAAAUGCUUGUGGGAUUUCCACCUUUCUAUUCUGAUGAUCCAAUGUCUACUUGUAGAAAGAUCAUUAACUGGAGAACUCAUUUGAGAUUCCCAAAAGAAGCAAAACUUUCCUUUGAGGCCAAAGAUCUUAUUUGCAAACUUUUAUGCAAUGUUGAGCAAAGAAUUGGAACCAAAGGAGCUAUAGAAAUUAAGGCGCAUCCAUGGUUUAAAGGGAUACAAUGGGAUAAAUUAUAUCAAAUGGAAGCUGUUAUCAUCCCAGAGAUCCAUGAUGAGUUAGACACUCGAAAUUUUGAGAAGUAUGAAGAGCUGGGUGUGCCAGGUCAAACUCCAUCAAAGUCGGGUCCUUUGAGAAAGCAGAAGCUUUCACCCAAGGAUGUAAACUUUGUUGGCUAUACGUACAAGAAUUUUGAAAUUGUCAACGAACACCACUUGUCUGGCAUUACUGAGACGAGGAAAAAGCUUAACAAGACCAAGAGACCAUCUGUUACAACUCUAUUCGCAGAUUCUUCAGAGCAGCCUGUUCAAAGAAGUUUUCCUAAUCAUUUGCCAACCCAUCUCGAAGUCUCGGAAAGCCCCGAUCCAUCACCUCGUUCAACUGGAUCACUGCAACAACAGCAGAAGCGAUGGGGAAAAUGAAAGGUCAAGUCACAACUUGCCUCUUAGCUUAGCUCAAAGGGGAGGUGGUCUAUGUUUUAUACUACAGGAGGAAGGGGAUCGGAAAAGUGUGAUAUUGUAUAAAAUGUUGUAGAUUCUGUAAUCUUUAUUGACAAUGAUAGAUUCCCACCCGGCUAGUUAGCCUUCUUGUGAGUUAGAAGUUUACAGAAAGUUAGGAUUUUUUUCCCAACCCCUACGGCGGAAAAAGGUUUCCAAAUGUUAUUAGAUGGCCAUGAGUCUUCUGCUACUCACAGCCAGAAUCCAGCAGAAUUUAAGUUGAUUCAGCUCAGGAAAUCUGCAUUUUCCUCCAUCACUGAUGUGUUUGAGAGGAGUGAUUCAGUCAUUUCUAAGUUGUGGUAUUGGAAUGAAGUAUAGUAUGUUGCUGAAUUAUAGCAUCAAAACUUCAAUGUGGUUAUAGUGUAUAAGGAUUUAAGGACUAAUUCAAAUUCCAAUUUCAUUUCAUGUAUAUUUUUAAAA